AUGAGCGGGACCACCAAGAAGCCGUCUCCUUUAUCAUGGACCAACCUCGCCGUCGGCGCGUCCGUGUCCUUGUUCGAGGGUAAGUGAAGAUGAUGAUGCUCAUCUUCGUUGAUCAGAUCGAUCCGACUUGGGCCCCACACGCUUUGCCCGCCCAAUGGGCCCACGGUCGGUGUGUGGGGUCGCGCCGUGACGAGCCCCGACUGCAGUGCGAGGCUGACCCGUUUCCUGCAUUCGUUUGGACGUUCUUAGUUACAACUUUCGGUCAAGUACGUACAUUGAACCGAAUGACACGUCCCUGCGGCGUCGAUUAGCUUGGGCAUGUACACUGCUUCCUGGAGAGCGCCCCCCCUUCGACUCCCAGGAGAGAAGGUUUCCCCACAAAAUUGUGGCCGUCCACGACUACUACGCGCGAUUCGGCUCUGCUCGGACUGUGAAGAGGUCUUUGUGAAAUAUAUCACGUACGCCACCCUGAUUCUUGUUCAUUCCCCAACAGCCUUUAGAAGUCUUGAAAACGCACAUGGCAGCCAAUCGAUCCGAUAAUGUCAGUGCCUCCUCCACCUUGCCCUGCGCCAGCGACCAGUGCCCAGCUAAAUCAUCCCUACUCUUUCUCUACCGCACACUGACUCACGAUUCCUCAUCCACCAAAACGAUCCAGCUCCGACAAGCGAUCGCAAAAACGUACGCCCGAGGAGGGUUCAAAGGUUUCUACCAAGGCCUGAUCCCCUGGGCCUGGAUCGAAAGCGGCACGACAGGGGCAAUCCUCCUCUUCACCGCGACCGGCGUCGAAUCCGUCGCGACCAAUGCGGGCGUCUCCAAGGGUGCGGCGGGUAUGUUGGGUGGUAUUGCGGGGGGAGCAGCACAAGCUUAUUUGGCGAUGGGUCAGUCUUGGUAUCUGACUGAGGUUCGGCCCCCGGUCGGACGAAUUUACUGAUUCGUCGACCGUCCCGUGCUUAUCCGCUCUGCUCCCAUCGCCGCGUCGUAUCGCACUCCUGACCUUCUCGAUGAAAGGCGUCUGCACAACGAUGAAGACCGCCGAAGUGACUCGCGCGAAAGCCGUCGUCAUCCCCUCCGCGAUCCCGGGCCAACCUGCCGCCGUCCUCCCCGCCGCGUCGACGUUCGGUCUCUUCAUGCAAAUGUACCGCGAGGGUGGUAUCAAAGGUAUCAACAAGGGCGUCAAUGCGGUCGCGAUUCGUCAGAUGACCAAUUGGGGUAGUCGGAUGGGGUUCGCAAGGUGAGUUCUCAGCUCUCGUAAGCUUCCAGGAGGUUCAGGAGAAGUUACUGAUCCUGGGAGAGUUUGUCCGGUAACAGGGCCGCUGAAACUUUGAUUCGAGACGCGCGAGGACUACCGAAGGGUAAAGCCUUGACUACGCAGGACAAGGUCUUGGCCAGUGCGAUCGGUCAGUCGAGACAUGGGCGCGCAAUGCGUUUCAAAUGUCCGGACCCGUCUUUGACCGGGGCGGGUAUGAACUCUUUGACAGGUGGUGUGCUUGGGUGCUGGAACCAUCCUAUCGAAGUCGUCCGCGUGGAGGUAUGAUUUAAAGUGGAAACUACCGUGGUCAGGUUUCAUUCAGAACACUGAUCAAUAGGAAGCCCUUCUUCUAAAGAUGCAAUCCCUCAAGAAGACGACCUCGGCAGCGGCACGACCGACGACGAUGGUUUCAACGUUCAAGACGAUUUACCAAGAAGCUGGCAUCUCGGGCUUCUUCAGAGGGGUCACGCCUAGGAUUGGGCUGGGGGUAUGGAGGGUGAGUUCGUUCUACAACACUUUCAGUGAGGUGAGGAUCUGAAGCCCGCACCGACUGAUGAUCAUUCGUGGAUGCGGUUCUCUAUCAUCAGACGGUCUGCCUCGUCUCGCUUGGAGACUUUGUGAAGGAGAUGAUUGCCAAACGCUAA